AUGUCGCCGCAACCAGAUAUGAACACUUUGUUGCACAACAUGUGUGCACAGAUCUUGGCGUUAACUACGCAACUCGCCGAGCUACAGGCAAACCCCCCUGCAGCAACCCCCUCGGUAGAGAAAAAGUUCAAUAAGAAAGUCGAAGUCGUUGCUGAUCCUGGCGCCUUCGAGGAAGACAGAGCGCAAUUUGCUGAAUGGUGGAUCAAAUUCCUGAUUUGGGUUAAGGCAAACUGGGACGCAUUUGCCUAUGACUUUGAGGUAGCCACUGUGGUGCUAUCUCGACUAAAAGGACCUGUGGCGGGUCAAUACGCCCAAGUUAGAUUGCAGGAGUGCUACACCGCGGGAGUGUGGCCCACCUGGGACAAUCUCAAAGUAGAGAUCAAAAAAUACUUCAAACCGCAAGCUGAGCGUGACUGGGCGCGUCAGCAAAUCCGUUCCUUUAAACAAGGCAACAUGAGGACAGAUGAUUUCGUAACCCGGUUCCUGGCCCUCUCCAUCCAAGGGGGUCUUGGUAAUGAACAUGCAGUAGAGCUGCUGGAACGCAAUGUGAACCCCCACAUUGCAGAACAGCUUUAUCUGCAGGAUAUGAGAAUCUCUCUCAAGCAGCAGAGGAGGUUCAAAAAAUAG